UCCUAAAGAGAAGAAAUUAAAAAACAACAUUAAAAGCAAUAAUUUUUUAUAUACUCUGUGUUACCUAGAGUUUAUUUGACAUUUAUUUGACGUUGACGGCUGACGUUCCUUUUGAUCAUAAUUUGUGUCCAACAUGGCUCGUGGACCUAAAAAGCAUUUGAAGCGAUUAAACGCUCCUAAAGCAUGGAUGUUGGACAAAUUGGGCGGCGUGUACGCGCCACGGCCCUCUACCGGCCCUCACAAGCUUCGCGAGUGCCUGCCGCUCGUGAUUUUCCUGCGGAACAGGCUCAAAUACGCGCUCACGGGCAACGAGGUGCUGAAGAUCGUCAAGCAGCGGCUCAUCAAGGUGGACGGAAAGGUGCGCACGGAUCCCACCUACCCUGCCGGCUUCAUGGAUGUGGUAUCAAUUGAGAAGACCAAUGAACUGUUCCGCCUGAUUUAUGAUGUCAAAGGUCGAUUCACAAUUCAUAGGAUAACACCAGAGGAAGCUAAGUACAAGCUGUGCAAGGUGCGGCGCGUGGGCACGGGGCCCAAGAACGUGCCCUUCCUCGUGACGCACGACGGCCGCACGCUGCGCUACCCUGACCCGCUCAUCAAGGUUAACGACUCCAUCCAGCUGGACAUCGCGUCCGCCAAGAUCAUGGACUUCAUCAAGUUCGAGUCUGGCAACCUGUGCAUGAUCACGGGCGGCAGGAAUUUGGGCCGUGUGGGCACCAUCGUGUCCCGCGAGCGCCACCCCGGCUCCUUCGACAUCGUGCACGUCAAGGACUCGACGGGGCACAUGUUCGCCACGCGGCUGCACAACGUGUUCAUCAUCGGCAAGGGCACCAAGGCCUACAUCUCGCUGCCGCGCGGCAAGGGCGUGCGCCUCACCAUCGCGGAGGAGCGCGACAAGCGCAUCGCCGCCAAGGUGGCGGCGCACUAGCGCUGCGCAAUAAACUGUUAACCACCA